GCCCGAGAUGCCCACCAUUAUUUCCUAGGAGGCUCCCACGGCGGCCAACCCAGUAUGGGAGGCGCCUCCAACAGGUGAGGCAUUCCAAAUAUUGCCUUGUCUUCGCCGUAGCCGUUUUGGCUCAAGCCAUCUUGGUUCAAGGCUGCAAGGGGCUGCUAUAUGAAUGCGUGUUGAAUCUUAACGUGUGCGUUUUCGCAAUUCAUCAGCAGAUGGUUCUCUCUUGCAUCGCCGCCAUUGCCUUUGGCAGGCUGCUUUUAUGUCAGUGAUCCGCGCUGGGUUUGGACGUGCGUUGUUGUCUGGUGGGGGCUAUCUGCACGCAUUGCGAUUGCUAGAAGGGCGGCAUUGGCGUGCAAUAGGUUCUUCCUGCAGACACUUUUCUGUUGGACCUUACCCGUGGGAUGUGAUUGAACGUCGAUGCCGGCGUCUUGAGUCAUUUCGGAAGCGCCUGAUUCGGCCACCAUGUCAGAGCUUCGUCGUAGAUGGAAAGGUGUAUUCAUUACCCGUCCGCGCUCAGGACCCGUCUGGUGAUAGCGAACAUGCUCAGAACUCAGUCUUAGAUUAUUUCGCAGGGUUCUUCGACGGAGAUGGUUGCGUGUCCUCCAGUCGAAGCUUCGGCAAUCGAUCGCUGCAGAUGUAUCAAGCUGAAAAUAAUGUUGCAGUGCUGGUUAGGUUUAUGAAGCAGUUUGGUGGUGGUAUCUACAAGGGUUCGUCUGUGAAAGGGAGUCACCAAUGUUGUUUCAGAUGGGAGCUAAGCGGCGAGAGAGCGAGGGGCGCUGCGUCAUUGCUCAGAAGAGCGUCUGUCGUGAAGCGCGAACAGCUUGACCUUUUAGUUUCUGAGGCGCCAACUUGUCCAUUACACCGUGGUAGGCUUGCGAGCACCUUGCGUUCUCUGAAGCGUGAAGCUCCUGGCCCUUGUCAUGAUGUCAGCUGGGGUUAUGUUGCCGGAUUUUUCGACGCGGAGGGAUGUAUCCAAAUCAAGCCAUACACGCAAGUACAUUUGAAAGUAUCCCAGAAGUACGAGGAACCAUUAAUUUGUAUUAAAAGGCUGAUCGAACGAACCUUCCCAGGUGUCGAUGCGAGCCUCGUGCAGAACAGGAGUGGACACUACCAACUUUGCGUGAGCAGAACAGCGUCAUCUUUUGCAGUGUUGGAGCAAUUGCUGAAUUCGGGCCUCGCAGGAAAAAAACAGCAGGCUAUUUUGGCCAUGUCCCUCAAUCGAAGCAAUUUUGCACGCAUCCGCGAUAGUUUAUCCGAGUUGAAAGGAAACCAGUCUCGCUGGAAACUCCUCGAUGCAGCAGGGUGCGAGAGAGCCAUGCACAUACAUAACGCACGAACCCGUUUGAAUUCUCGUGCUGGUCAAGAUAGACCUGACAGUGACUUUGCGUCUUUGCAGGGUGAGUUGUAUACGCUAAACAGUGAGCACAAGCUACGGAAUGCUGAACGGCGUCUCGCGAUGCUUCGUUGGGAUAUUCGGUCCCUUCUGCGUCAGGGUGCUAGGCUGUCUGCAGGCUGAAUUUUGGCGCUGAGAAAACAUUGCGUUGCCUUCCAGGAUCGAAGGAGUCGUCAUCUCUUCUGCUAUGGAAGGCGGCGGAAGGGCGGCGGAAGGUCGGCAGAAUGUCGGCGGAAGUACAACGGGGCCGCUUUCGCUAGCGGAAGCCGGCGGAAUGCCAGCAGAAGGCGGCGGAAGUAAACUAUGCGCCCCGACAGUCAAGC